CAAUUGCCUUCAAAACGAAACCCAACUUAUAAACAAUCAUCUGGGCUGAAACGGCACGCAGACUUUUCUACAAACUGCGUGGAUAUCACCAUCUUGCAGAUAACCUUCUUUUGUCUUGAUCAAACCCCACAACUAACUCUUUGUAUUUAUGUGUACAUAUAUAUAACCAUACUUAAUUAACCUUCUUCCAAACAAAAAAUUUUCAUCAAAUAUUAGAAUUGAUCGUGUAAUAGUGAUUGUGAUCUUUUAAAGGCUGGGGUUUGAGAAGGAAGAAAAAAUUAAAGAAACAAAAAGAGAAGGUUGAUCUGGUAACCAGUGAAGCUAAUCAUGGCAGAACUGGACUUUGCAAAUGAACGUAGCUUCAAAAGAAAAUUGAUGGUGGCACAACUCACCGGUGGUGGUGGUGGUGGUGGUCAAGUAAGGAGAGUCCAUAUUGUAUAUUAUCUUAGCCGUAAUGGUGGUAUCGAGCAACCCCAUCUCAUGCGCAUCCACCAAGUCUCAUAUCAUGGAGUUUACUUAAGAGAUGUUAAAAGCUGGUUAUCAGAACUCAGAGGAGAAGACAUGCCAGAAUGUUUUGCUUGGUCAUACAAGAGAAUGUACAAAGGGGGAUACGUUUGGCAAGACCUACUGGAUGACGAUCUCAUUACCCCUAUUUGUGACAAUCAAUAUGUUCUAAAAGGAUCAGAAAUCUCCUCAACAACAUUAAAUAAUGAUAUUAAUCCAUACAACGAGAAAGAAGUCUUUGACCUGAAAAACUCGCCCACUUUUGAAGUAAACGUCAAAUCCCCAAAAUACCCAUCAACCGAGAAACAAGAUCCUCUAGUUUUCUCAACAGAUACGUCCUUUGAAAUAGAAGAAUCUUCCUUUGUCUCUAACGUCUCAACCGAAGACACAACAAAGAAUCAAGACACAUCAGAAGACCAACAAAUAACACAACGCCCAAAAGACAAAAAUGAGAAUAAUUCCCUGAACAAGAUGUUCUUCAACAAGAAUACAGUUGACAGCAACAACAGUAAUAACGAUAAACACAAGAAAGGUCGUUUUUCAGGCUCACGAGCAUCACAUAUGUUGCGAAACUGGAUCACGUGUGGGACUGCUAACACGGACGAAAAGGCUGUGGUGGCGAUCAACAAAAGGAAAGGUGGUAGGACUUCUACAGUAACUUCGGUUUCUGAGAACAACUUGGGGCAAAUAAGUAAAGAGCAGAAGUAUAAGGGUUACGAGAAAAGUUUUGAUGGGAUAAAUGGAUCAAAGAAGAGUAAGAAGGAGGAAGCAAAUAACAUCAAAACCUCGGGAGCUGCUAAACAUAAGCCUAUUAAUGGCCCGAAUUGCUCGCAGUGUGGUAGGCAGUUCAAUCCAGAGAAGCUUCACAGCCACAUGAAAUACUGCAGAGGAAUGAAGGUGUUGGCCAAGUCUGCCAGCGCAAGACCUAAGCCGAAGAUAUCAUCACCGCAUCCAGCUUCCCACAACAACUUUUACUUGACAAACAACUAAACACUUUGGUCUGUAAUUUUUGGAUUUAGAUAUUUUUUAGAAUUAACUACACUUAUGUAAGAUCAAUGCAUGUGUAUAAUUUGGACUAAAUGUGAACAAUAGCAAUGGACUUUUAUUAAUAAUUUGUUUAUUAU